ACCGUUUUUAAUGGCGUGGGCUUCCCCAGGUUAUUUAUUUAAUUUCAAAAUAAACAUUUGGAUCUAAUCCUUAAAAAAAAGAGAACCCGUAAUCUGUAUCUUACUUUUUGUUGUUAGAAAUGUCUUUAUUUUUACGCCCUACCUAUCCCAUUGUCUGUAGUUAAAGAGGAACUACUGCUCAUUUUGAAAAUGUCCCUCGACACACCGGUCUUUAGUGUUGGACAGAUUGAAGUGUUCACCUGUGUCAGUCACAGAGAGUGAGGUAGCGCAACGGCUUGUCCCUACAUUACAAGGUUAUACACAUCUUGAUAAUGGUUUUUGAUUUCACAUCUACAUUUCAUGAAAUGCAUUUCUGCUUGGUCGGUAACAGUCUGACCUUUUCAUUCUAAUCUCUGCCAAGCCAUGGAGCGUACAAGAGUUUGGCUAUGCUGUAACCCGCUCGUCUGCAACAACGGAAAGCUAGCAGGUGUGAGCUCUGAAAAUCCACAGGACCCAAAAAAAUAAAACCCAGGCUCAAACUGGAAUGAAUGUUUCAUAUCUCAGCCUUGUAAUGCACAUGGCACAGAUUUCACUAUCACUGAUCAGAAGGGCAUAUUGAACCCGAGUUACAAACUGACGCCUCCCUCCGUGACGAGCUCAGCACAUUGUACGCUGGCUUCAAGCCGGAGGGUGCAGAAGCCAGGAAGGCUCUCGCCGCUCUGGACCAUCAAGGGUUCCUGCUCCUAAAAUGUUACUUUCUGACUGGCAGUCCUCCGGCUGUGUGGAUUGGCAACGGCAACAUUCUCGUCAGUGACUUUUAACAGUGGGGCUUUACUCCCUGUCCCACCAUGGCGGCACGGCUCUGCACCAACAGCGUGUGGUUUUCGGGCCCUUAAACCAACAACAAGGUGUCAACCACAGGGAGGAUCGAAGCCAACUGGCGUUGCAGAUCUAGGAUAACAACCUCACCCUCCGUGUCGGCAAAGCAAAGGGGAUUGUUGACUUCAGGAAGCGGAGGCGGAAACGUGCCCCAGUCCACGUCACUGGAUUGCUUUCCACAACAAGACAAACCAUGUUUAACACGUCCAUUAUUCUGGUAGUCAAAAGAACAGGCAAAGUGCCCAAGUAAAAGCACAAGGUGGCAAAAGGACAAGCUUCUGAAGCUAAGAGAUGUUUGUGUCCAUCACUUCCGCUACGGGUGUCGCAACACUAGAAAAGGACAUCAACAAAGAAUGAAAAAACUAGUACUGAAGUGACACCUCGAAGAGAGCCGGCUGUCCUGAGGAACUUUACACAUUAUCCUAUAUAAAGUGCACAGUGUAAUUCUGCCCGUUUUGUUUCUUAAAAUGCGUUAUGGAUGUGAACUUGCCAAACGAGGUGACCCUGGCCCUGCUAGAUGCUGCCAACGACAGGGACUCGGUGGUGCAGGAGCAAGUCCGGAAGUCCAUCCUAACCCUGGGGAAGCAGCAGCCUAACAAGGUCCUGUCCAUGUGUCAGGACUACCUGGUCAAACACCCCAAGCUUGUCAUUGGGCACAGAGUUCUCAUACUCCAGACGAUUGAGUUGGUUGUGAAGACCAAGAUAGACGAUAUAAGCUACCCAAAAAUCAAAAGUGUUAUUUCUUUGGCCUCUGAUGAAAUGACCCGGUCAAAGGAAGUUGUCCCUGAUUGGCAACAGGCAGCCAGUAAUAUUUUGGUUGCUGUGGGAAACAAGCAUAUCAACGACAUCAUGGAGGAAAUCCUCAGCAAGUUCCAGCCAGGCGUCCUGCCUCAUUUUUUUGUGGUCCAAACAUUAGCAAGCCUCUCUGAUUCCAAUGUGUAUGGUAUGGUGCCCUUCCUCAAUGCCAUCUUGGGGACAAUGCUGCCAAUGUUGGGCAUGGCCAAGCAGGACAACAUGAAGUGGGUCUUCUCCUCUGCUCUGUCCCACUUCAGCGAGAGCAUCCUGGAGUACCUAGCCAACCUGGAUAAAGCUCCUGACCCCACCGUGAGAAAAGACACCUUCUCCAGUGAAAUCUAUGCCGCAUACGACAUCCUAUUCUGCAGCUGGCUUCAGAGCAGGGAACCCAAGCUGCGACUAACGGUAGCAGCAGCAGUGGGAUCCAUGAGUCAUCUGAUGGCCCAUGAUAAACUGGAGGAGCAGCUUCCCAAGCUCAUUCCCACAAUCAUAUCCCUGUAUAAGAAGAACACUGAGCAUUACGUAAUUAGCAAGAGCCUGUGCCAAGUUCUAGAUGCUUCUGUGAACAUGGGAAGCCGGGUUCUGGAGACUCAGAUUGACAGCCUUCUUACAACUCUGCAUCAACAGGUCUGUGCCCCUGUUGACUACAGUAACCCGCCUACAGUUAAAAAUCACAAUGAGGUAUUGAGAUGCUUCAGCAUUCUAGCCAACACCUUCCCGGACCGGCUGAUCGUGUUUGUGCUUCAGAAACUGGAGAACAGUAACGAAAGGAACCGCAUGGGUUCUCUGGCAGUUCUCCGACACCUCAUCAACUCCUCCGCUUCCAUCAUGGAGACCAAGAAGCUUCUCAUCCUGGCCAGCAUCCGGCAGCCAUUGGCUGACCACAGCAAUAAGGUUAAACAGAGGAUUGUCCAAGUGAUAAGUGCCAUGGCACACCAUGGUUACCUGGAGCUAGAGGGAGGAGACCUGCUAGUGAAGUUCAUCAUCCAGCACUGUGCUCUCCCCGACACCUACUAUCGCCCAGGCCAGCGACCCACUGACCCGGAGGAGGUGACCAAUGAGGCGCUGCGGAGCAUGUGUGACAACACACUCCACCUCUUCACUACCACGGUUGGACGCCUGACCGAUGUCCUAUGGCCCAUGCUGCUGUUCUACCUGACCCCAGGUCAGUACUCCAAUGCCACCACGCCGCUCUGUAAGAGCCUAAUCCUGCUGGCCACCAAGAAAAGAGACGCCCAGGAGCCCAACUUCUACAUCGACUUCAAUGAGCAAGUUAAUCUUCCCUCUCCUCACAUCCUGAUGACCCGGCUCUUGGUUAAUGGUUCGUUCCCAUUCAAGAGUCGCGGUCACGGUGGGCCGUCUCUGUCUCUGUUGAAAGUUUUGAGCCCUAAUAUCCAUCCCAAAGCCGAGACUGUCUGGGCGAAGGAGAUCCCAGCCCUCCUCAGCUGCUUAGAAGAGUCUACGCCAGAAACACUAGACAAGAAGAAAUGGGAGGAGAGUCUGCUGAAGCUCCUAGCCGAGACCCUGAUGGCCAUAGCUGAAGACCGGUGGAGCUGCCAGAUGGCCGUCGAGGCCACACGUUACCUCUCAAACUAUAACCAGUCCCCGGAGGAGAAGAGUUUCCUGUACAAGUUUGUUGGAGUCACGCUGCAGCAGUGUUGCAACAAAGAGCUGGUCAAGAAGCAGCUGCAGGAGAUACUAUUCAAUGCACGACACAGCGACUCCACCGAGAGAGAGGGUGUCGCCGUGGGUAUCGGGCUGUGCGCCAGGAGUCACCUCGAAGCCACUCUCGCCAAACUGGACGACUUUGGGAAAUCUGAUGCCUUCAAGAAAGCCUCAGGAAUAUUUGGUCUGCUCAAAGACAAGAAUGACGUGGACAUAGAGAAGAUGAAGAGCACGCUGAUCCUUUGUUACGGCUAUGUGGCGCUGUACGCCCCCGAUGACCUGAUUCUCUCCCGGAUCGACUCUGACAUUCUCCGCAACAUCAGCAAGCACUUCAACACCAAGGUUCUGGGAAUUAAAAUAGAGACCAAGAUCGCAAAGCUUUCAUUUCAGUCUGGCACUUACAGUCUCCAAGUCAAGGACCUGACCAUGAAGCUGAGUCUGAUCCAGAGUGUGGGACUCAUAGCCAAGGCCAUCAGCAGCGUAGUACGCAGACAGGACUACAUGUUCGUCCGCAAACAGGAACUCAUGGGAGUCAUGGUGGAUUUCAUCAAGGCAGAACCACCGGAUGCCAUGCGUACUCCGGUUCGCCACCUUGUGAUGACCACAUGUGCCAACCUGAUUAACCUGGAGCCAGCACUGACCGAGAACGAGAACUUUGAGAUGCUGCAGACAUGUCUGAACAGUGUGUUUGGCCUGCCCAUGGUGGACAGUCCGGACAGGGACAGGGGGAAAGACGAUGAGGUGCUGGAGCCCAAACUUAGAGAGGAGUUAUACACAGACACCUUCAAUGCUCUUCAAGAACUGUUGAGGAAUAUCCUUACCAGAGACUUGACUCCCGAUGGCCUCCAGAGUGUUUUCAAGCACAUUGAGGCGUGGCUGAGUUCAAACCAGGACCAUGAGAGGGAGAGAGCGGUGAAAACCACAGCUCACAUCCUCGACUUCUACUUCAGCAACCUUAAGGUUAAGAACAUGGUGACCUUCCAUAACCUAGGGGCUCUUCUGGGUCGCCUGGCUCCACGAUGCACCGACCCAAACCCCCUGGUCCGCACGGCGGCCAUCGACUGCAUCUACAGGCUGCUCUACAUCCAGCUCCGUUACGAAGGAUUCUCUCUGGACCACAAAGAUGAGUCGGUGGAAAGCCUGAUCACUCUGAGGGAGAGGCUGAACAACCCCGAGCCCUCUGUCCUCUACAAGACGUGCUCCGAGCUCGCCAAGAUCAUCAGUAAACGCCUACCCCAGCAGCAGCUCAACACUCUCAUCUUCAUGUUGUUUGAGGGGCUUGUGGACCCCCAGUCUAACUGCUCCAGAGCAUCUAGUGUUGUACUGAACACCCUGCUGAAGAACAGAGGAGCAGGACUACAGGACCUGGUAUCAGAGAUGUUGGAGGUGCUACACAUCCGUCUUCAGAUGAUCAGUGAGGAGCAGGUGAAGGUGGCUGUAGCCCAGUCCAUCCUCAUCCUGGCUACGCAGCACCUCCAGACUGUCAUCAACACUCUCAUAUCCUACCCCCUGCCCUUUGACAAUUGGAGCUGUGAGAUGUGGAUUGCCCUGGGGGCCGACAGCAACCUGGCCUCGCAGAUCAUGGAGAUGCUGAUGGAGAAGCUCAACAUCAUGGUGCCGUACGUGGACAAGAAGGAGUCCAUGAUGAGGUCCGGCCUCAGCAAGGUGGCCACCAGCCACCCCCUGGCUAUGACGUGUGCCCUGAAGGAGAUGAUGCUGAACGGGCAGAGCCAGGACGCCGUGGUGUCUCUGUUCCCCCAGCUCUUCAGCUCGCUGCUGGUCCGUCUGGGCUCCAGUGUUGGGGUCUCCCUCCCGAAAGACAUCAACACCAACAGUAUCAGAUCAGACAGGAAGAACUCUCCCAAGAUGGCCGUCGGCUUUGACGUGUGCGGGGUAGCGGUAGAGGCCCUGCGGAUCCUCCUGGCUAGGGCCCAGCUGGACGAUGUAGUGAAUCGUCUGGACCAGGAGGGGGCCUGGGACAAGAUGAAGGACCCCCAACAGCACCCCACUGGGGUCACACUCCUCUCUCGCGCGAUGGCCAGGCAUGCAGGCCCCCGUCUCCCAGCCAUAGUGGAGUGUCUUUGUCCCUGUCUCAACAACAUCUAUGAGUGUCAAAGGGUCACCAUCACUGCUUUCUUCUCUGAGCUACUGAGCCACCACGUCGUGACGGAGCUGAUGAUGAUGGACGUGCUCAUGAACAACAUGAUGGAGCGCAUCUCUGACCCCUGCUGUACUGUCCGCAUGCUGGCCGUCAGGGGGCUGGGGAACAUCGCCGUUGGUUCGCCCGAGAAGGUGAAUAAGUAUGCCAAGGAGCUGCUGGCUGCUAUGAGCUCUGGGAUGGAAGAGAAGGAUGACCCUGGGAAGCACAUCACCCUGGAGGCCAUGUCAGGCCUGUCCAAGGUGCUGGUCUACCUGGAUAAGAAAAAUGUCCACCUUCUGGUUGUCUACAUUUUCAUGAAAAUCAAACCCUUCUUGGAGAGUGAGAAUGAUGAGAUCCGCUGUGCUUCAAUCAUGCUCCUGGGGAACCUGUCUAAGUUUGGUUCUGGAGAGCCUGUUUUCAAGGAUCAGAUCCAUAAUGUGCUUGUCAGCCUCCUGCUCCAUCUCAAUGACCCCAACCUGCAGGUGGUCAAGGCGUGUAAGUAUUCCAUGCGGGUGUGUGCUCCAGUGGUGGGCUCGGAGCUGAUCACCACCAUGUUCCAGAACCAUCUGCAUGAGGACAAGAGUCUGCACUAUGGGGAGUUCAUCAAUGACCUAACCAAAUACAUUAUUCAGGACUUCCCUGGUAUGCUGAACUUCUACCACAUAACCGUCCUCCAGUUUUUCAAAAGCAACUGGGCUGAAGUUCGGGCCGGUGCUGCUAUGUUCAUCGGUUUCCUUCUAGGUAACCUUUCUGAGGAGUUAUUUUCACACAUCAACAUGGGGAGUGUGACCAAAGGUCUGGUCAUGCUGCUCCAGGACCCAGACCCAGUGGUGAGAGUCAAAGCUGCAGAAGCAAUGGGCCAUUUCCAUUGAUCAUAUAUACAUACACAUACACACUGCCCGUCUGUCAUUGAUGGCUCCAUUCAUUAUUGUCAAAUGUAGCUGUUUUUGUUUGUUACAGCUUUUUUUUUUUUUUUUUUUAAAUAUGAUAUGGUACUUGACAUGUUGACAGUGGUACUUGAAUUAGUCCUUGAAACAAUGCAUUAGUGACCAAAGACUGUACCUUGAUGUAUAGAUAAAAUGCAUUGCAUUGUCCAUUCCCAGCAAUGUGUAACCGUAUUAAAAUAUAUAAACACGUUUUGAAAUUCUCUUAGAACGUGUGUAAGGAUUAAGUGUCUUAUAGUCCAAAACUUGAAGGCGGCGGCGGAGCAGUGUUUUUCAAUAUUCGCCACUGGCGUUCAUACUUCAAAUUCUCACCGCAGCUCAAGCUGUUAACACAUGCAGAUUAAUACCGGAGCUGAGUUGGUUGUGAAAUUGCGGGGAGGUGUGAGUUUGAGGUGUGCAUCCCUCGUGGAUGGCGCUUUCAGUUCUACAGGAGGGGCUCGAGAGACGGGGUUAGGGGUCGGAAUUCAGCCUUAGUCUUAUUCAGUCUGUGUGUGUCUACAGUCUCCACCAUGUAUUCACCCCAGUGGAACCUAAGAACAUAAGGGUCAGCAAUAAUCAGCCAUGUCUAAGGAGGCUGUCAUAAGGGCAGGCCAAAAACAUCCCCCGCAUAACUAGCCUCUCUUUGAGUAACUUCACAGGCUCCGUUUGUCAUGCUGGGGUCGUCUAGCAGCAGGGAAGCAGACUACUGUAGCUAGUUCUGGAAAAUGGAAAAUUGUUAUCUGGUUGGAACAGGAGUUUUCUCCUGACCAUGUGAGCAAAAUAAAUGAUGUAAAAACAGCCCAUGUUAUUAUAUAGGUAUGCUUUGAGGGCUCAAAGUUUCUUCUUGUCAGGUCACACGGUCAGGGAAAAUGCCUGAGCUGUGUUUGUCAGGGGCCACGCAACUGCAUAUGUAGCUAUAUGUCAAUAUGUCAAGAUAGUCCUUCACCGUGUCAGUCAAUUUUGUUCUGUUGGUGCCUAAUGAACACGACCCACUGUCUGUGUCAGUGUUUCUUCAUUUCCCUGGUUAGAACAUAUUCUCUUGCUCCUGUGGAGGCACCACACAGUGUGACAAAUAAUCACAACUGGGUUCAAAUACAAUCUGAAGUCUUACAAAAGCCUUUUUCCAUUUCUUUCCCUCCUUUUUGGUUGUUUGCUUUAACCUGCCUGGAGGACCAGUGGAAGCAGAGUUCGCAGUUUCAUUACUGCUAUUAAGGCAAAUCUAAGACCAGCUCAAUUACUUGAAAUUAUUCUAAAAAGUAUUGAACAAAUAUCUUUGAAUCAUAACCUAACCACAUCCGCAAUAACCUAACCUCAUUCCUCUUCAUCCUAACCUUGUCGACCCCUCAUUUUCCCCCUGAAAACAUAGAUGGAAUGUACCCAACUACUCCAGUCCUACUGUAGGUCCAGGUUCAACCUGAAAGUGGGUUGUAGUCACUGCAGCUUCCAAAGGCCGUGUUCUCUGAGGUCACCAAUCACAGACGAUUCUCCAAGUGUUGGCCGAGUCAGAACUUGUCUAUAAGAGCUGCAAUACACGUUACUUACUUUUGCAGUGAAUCCAAAGCCCAACUGUCAUUUUUCUGACAUUUUAUUUUUCCCCGUUUUGCUCCAUCUGGUUGUAUAAUGAUGUUGAACAAGUUAGGAGGAGGUCUUAAGAUGAAAUUCUGCAAAUUUUUGCUGUUAGUUGAAUGUUGCGGUUGCACUAGUGAAUGAGUUCAUGGUCCGUUGCCAUGGGCAGUAAAUCACACAUUCAAAUGUUUUAGUUGUUUCUAAAGUGGUCGUCAGUGGUAACGUAUAGGCACUGUAUGCGUUUAGAAAGGUUUCCUUAAGUUCCUUUAGAGGUUCUUAAAAAUGGAAUCGUAUGUGAAACUCUAAAAGGUCUUCAAGAAUCCUUUGUAAAGGUUACUCAAGGAGCUUUUAGAAUAUCCUUCUUGAAUAUAAAUUCUAACUGUUCAUAAUGGAAACAUUAAAAAAAAAAUUACUUAUAGUUUCAGUUUGAAGAAUCCCUGAAGGAUCUGCCGGGAACCUUUUCUUUUUUGACAGUGGUAGAUAAGUUAGGAGCCUGUAUGUUUAUCAAUGUCUGUCAAGGAUAAAUUUAAUCGGUAAAAAUCCUCUUGAAAAAGCACUGUUUAUGUUUGUACACUGCCCAUUUAAAAUGGGAACAGGCCUAUGACGCAAUGAUGAUGGCAAUCACAUUUUAUUUUGGAAAUAUUAAUGAACAUAAUAAUUAUAAUGGUAAUAAAGUGUUGAUUCUUGGAAGCAAAA